UGUACGUAUAUAUUACUCUCCCUGUCCAGUUCUGCCUCUUCUUCUUCGAGUCUCUCUCACUCACUGAACGAACCUGGAGACUAAAAUGGCAGAAACAGAGACACCGAACUCCACUACCGAAAUCCCACUCGAUCCUAUCAAGCAUCUCCCUCUGCCUCUUCUCAGAUCCGACCCCCUCCCUCCCGCUCCGACCCGAUCAGGCCCACCGGGAUCCACCAUCGAUUGGCUUCCAAGCUUCUCGAACCACUCAUGGGUUGCCUAUGGAGCCUCUUCUCUCUUAGUGAUCUCCCACUUCCCCUCCCCUCUAUCUUCCGAAGAAACUGUAAUUGGACCUUUUCUCCGGCAGGUCUUCGAGCUUACCUCAUCUGUGAAAGCAGUCUCUUGGUCUCCCGCUACUCCCUCUAUCGGCGAGCUCGCGGCCGCGGCAGACAAUUGCAUUUGGGUGUUUUCUCAUGAUUCGGGGACGUCGAAAGGUUCUUUUUGUUGGAGCCAGAAUGCAGUAAUGGUACAAUCUACAAAGGUGGAAGCAAUCAGAUGGACGGACUCGGGAGAUGGAAUUGUUGCUGGUGGACUCGAGGUUGUUUUGUGGAAAAAGAGUAACAGGUCCUGGGAAAUUGCUUGGAAAUAUGAAACAGAUCGACCACAGACUCUGGUUUCUGCAACAUGGUCAAUCGAGGGACCUUCUGCAACAGCAGCUUAUCCAAAUAAACUGCAGAUUGAAGGAUCGUUGAGCAAUGAGGAAAGUAAAUGUGUCUCAGUUUGCCAAAGUGAUGGAAAACUGGUAUAUGGGAAAGUGGAGUUACAUCAUCCUCUGCCUGUAUUAAUGAUUCAGUGGAGGCCGCCUAGAGGGAAAGAAUUAAAUGAGCAUGCUAAACAUUCACGAAGACAUGUGCUGCUAAGUUCUUGUUUAGAUGGGACUGUAAGGUUAUGGAGUGAGAUUGAUUGUGGAAGGGCUAGAAAAAUUGGCAAGGAGAUUAAUGAUUACAAAAAAAUGAGGCGGUCUUUCUGUGUUGCCGCUGUAAUAGAAAUAAACCAGGUGUUGAAGGGAACUCUGGGCUUGGAUGUGCAUGUAUCAUGGGCCACAGAAAGUGUGGGAAUGCAAGAAACUGGUGAAGGAGCAACAAGGUUUUUCUCCUCUAAAGGUUAUGAGCAUGACAAGACUGGCAGUUGUGAGUGGAUCGUUGGGUUCGGUCCUGGAAUGCUUGUUAGUCUUUGGGCUAUCCACUGUCUUGAUGAUGUAUCCCCUAUGCGAUUCCCUCGAGUUACAUUAUGGAAGAAAGAAGAACUUCAGGGACUUGAAGUUGGACAUCUUCAUAGGAAUGAUUUUGCAAAUUCUAAAGAAAAAAUAUUUCUUCCUAAAGUUGCUAUUUUAAGGAAUGAUUUAUCCAGUCCCCCAAUUAUGUGUUCUUUCGUUCAGUUACUACCAUGUAAUUCCUUGGUUCGGUCACCGUUAUCUAUACAAAAAUCAAAUAAUACAGGGGAUUUAUCCCUUAAUAAAUCUACAGAGAGCAGUUUAUCCCUUAAUAAAUCUACAGAGAGCAGUUUAUCUUGCUUGCCUGGUGGAUUCUUGGAUUUAGAUGGUCAUACUGGAAAAAUCGUACAAGUUGCUGUGCAUCCUUGUAGCUGUGAAGUUCAGUUUGCUGUUUCUUUAGACUCUAAUGGUUUGCUUCUAUUUUGGUCGACUUCUACAAUUGCUAACUGCAUUAUGGGCCGUCCAACAUUAAUUCCCACAUGGGAGCUUUAUGGGAAGCUUGUAACUCAAAAUUCAUGUUCGAAGUAUACAAGCUUGAGGUGGGCACCUUUAGUAUUGGAUCGAGAUUUGGUUCUCCUUAUGGGGCACAUUGGAGGAAUUGAUUGCUUUAUAGUUACAAAUCAUCAAAAUGAAGAAGAAAAAAUAGAAUGUCAUUACUUAUGCACUAUACCUUUUACAGGUCAUGGUCCUUAUGAGGAAGGUCCAACCAAUAUCUUUUCAAUUCCUUUGCCAUCUAAUAAACAUAAAACCCUAAAUUCUAACAAAUUUAUGCUUUUGGGCAUAUGGAUGAAGGGGUUUCAAGCUCUGUCAUGGGAAGUCACCUUGCAUUCUUACGACUCAUCUGAAAGUUGCUGUGAAUCUGAUUUUGAGACAAAAGAUGCUGCUGAAUGCAGUGUGUGGAGUUUUGAAAGUAGUUUUGCUGGUAAGAAAUAUUGUAUCAAUGUACGUCCUUGCUCAUCUCAAUUACCAGACCGUCAGACCAAUGAUCCUAUUACAAGUUUUGCUGUGGUGUGUCCAGAUGGUUUGAUUUCGUUUGAACAAAAUUCAACAUCUUUUAACGAUAAAUUCUGUGCUUACCCUGCAUAUAUCAUGGCCACAGGCUGCUCUAAUGGUAGUUUGAAACUAUGGAGAAGUAACCAAGGUAAAACAUCGACCCCCCACAUCCCAUGGCAGCUUGUGGGCAUGAUUGACACACAUAAGGGCCCCAUUAGUGCUAUAAGUUUAACUGACUCUGGCCGGAAGGUUGCAACCAUUUGUAAGGAAUUUCAGUCAAAUAAUGUCUCCACGCUUCACAUAUGGGACUGUGUGCAUAUUUUGGGUGCUGGGACGUUUAUGCUAGAAGAUUCAGUAACCCUUGAUGGAGAAGUUGUUUCAUUAAAUUGGUUGACCUUAGGAACUGGUCAGUUAUUACUUGGAGUUUGCAUGCAGAAUCAGUUGCGUUUAUAUGCUCAGAGGUGUUGUGGUGGUCAGACUUUGUUAAACCCUGUGAAAUCUUUGAAAAAGGAAAUUUGGAUUUGCAUCGCAUUUGCUUAUACUUCUUCUCCCAUUCAUAACUUCCUCUGGGGACCUAGAGUAACAGCUGUGGUUAUUCAUGAUAAUUACUUGUCCAUAAUUGGACAAUGGUUGUUCCUUGAUGAUAAAAAACGUCAGUAUGAAGGCCAUCCAAAUUAUAUAAAGGGAAAUAACCAGGUUUGUGAGGGUGAAGUGGAAACGGAUAUUCUUUCUACAAUUUUCACUGAUUGUGACAUUGAUGGUUUGAAAGAAUUAUCACUGGAGGACAAUAUCAGAGAAUACAAGUCUGGAACUCCAGCAAAGAUUAAUAUGAAAAAGGAUUGUCUAUCCAGCAUUUUGUUGGCAGCAACAACUCAACUGAAAAGUGGUUCAGGUACAAAGCUUGGGCCAUGGAAAAUUCUACAAGUGGUUGAAAAGUUAAGUGGAUCUUUGCCAGUUUAUCAUCCUGAGGCACUGCUUAUGAAUAUGUAUGCAGGAAAUUGGAAGCGUGCAUAUAUGGCAGUUAAGCAUCUUGUUGAAUGGCUCACUGAUAAGAGAUCUAAACCAGCAAAGUCCUGCCAUAUAGUUCCACAAAUUCCUUUGUCAAGUUAUUUUGAAGGAUUUAUCCCAAACAGUUUGCCUGAUAAAGGAUUUCACUGGAGUGGAGAUGCUAGUCUAAGCACUUCAUCUUUUCAGACCCAAAGAGGCUUGUCCCCAUUUGCAUAUGGCUUAGAUUCUGGUCCUCCCAAUAAUUUGUUGAUUUCAUCUUCAACAAAACCUGAACUCAGUUCCUUCAUGGAGCCUCUUGAGAAUUUUCAUGAGUUAGCAGCAAUAACCAAGGCAGAGAAGACUCAGAUUCUUGCUAUCAUAGAUCUUCUCAAUGAAGUAGCUAAUCCACACUCUGCUUCUGUUUAUGAAAGUCUUGAUGAAUCUGGAAAAAGGUUCUGGAUUGCAUUGAGGUUUCAGCAAUUACAUUUCUCCAGAAGGUUUGGUAGGCCAGCAACUGUGGAAGAGUUGGUUAUUGACGCUGGUCUGAUAGUAUGGGCCUACCAUUCUGAUUGCCAAGAAAAUUUGUUUGGAUCUAUCCUACCUAGCGAACCAUCUUGGCAAGAAAUGCGGAAGCUGGGCAUUGGAUUUUGGUUCACAAAUGUAGCACAAUUGCGUACAAAGAUGGAGAAACUGGCAAGAUUACAGUAUCUGAGAAAGAAAGAUCCUAAGGAUUGUGCAUUGUUGUACAUAGCAUUGAAUAGAAUUCAAGUUUUGGCCGGACUUUUCAAAAUCAGCAAGGACGAGAAGGACAAACCCUUGGUUGGAUUUCUUUUACGCAAUUUUCAGGAGGAGAAGAACAAAGCAGCUGCAUUGAAGAAUGCAUACGUCUUAAUGGGGAGACAUCAGCUGGAGUUGGCUAUUGCUUUCUUUCUGCUUGGAGGUGAUACUUCUUCUGCUAUUAAUGUUUGUGCAAAAAACCUUGGGGAUGAACAGCUGGCACUAGUAAUUUGUCGACUAGUUGAGGGGCGUGGUGGACAAUUAGAGCAUUAUCUUAUAACAAAGUUUAUACUUCCAUCAACAAUUGAGAAGGGCGAUUGUUGGCUAGCAAGCCUUCUGGAGUGGGAGCUGGGGAAUUACUCUCAAUCUUUUAAGAACAUGCUUGGUUUCCAAAUAAACUCUGCCAAUGAGAAGCCUGCAAUCAUAUCCAGUCAUAUUACUUUCUUGGAGCCUAACAUUGGUUUGUAUUGCCUUUCACUAGCAACCAAAAAUUGUAUGAGGAAUGCUAUAGGGGAUCAAAAUGCGGCAAUCCUUGCUAGGUGGGCAAUUUUGAUGACAGUUACUGCCUUAAACAGAUGUGGCCUUCCUCUUGAAGCUUUGGAGUGCCUUUCAUCUUCAGUGAUCACUCUUGCAAAUCAAGGAAAUGUGUUUGACUUUGAGCAUUCCAACAUUCUGCGUGGAAUUUUAUUUCCUGCUCCAAGAGACUCUUCUAAUUGGUUAUCAGGUGAUGUGGCUGCCAAUUUGGAGUGCCACACUAAAUUAGAUCUGGCACUUCAAUACUUUUCAAAAUUGAUAAGAGAGCAUCCAAGCUGGACUGACACCAUUGAGAAUUCUGCUGGAUCUUCUACAUCCUCGAGGGAGUAUGAAAGUGAUCAACAUGUGGAACUUCUUGAAAGUUUCAGACGUAAGUUAUACAGAGGGCUUGAACAGUAUGAGCAGAAGUUCUCAUUGCUUCCUCUCUCUCUAAUUAGCAAGAUUUCACUCUCAUUGUAUAACCAGGGGCUAUUAGUUAUUGGCUAUGAUAUAUUACGUGGAUUUAUAUGUCAAGAUCACUCACAAGAUAAAAGCCAAAUAGGAGAUAACAUGCUCUUAUAUCCUCCUUUGCAUAACCCUCUCUUGAAGGUUACUGAAGAAACCUCCCUGCUGUGUUCACGGUUUAUUGCUGCCUGCAGUAUAGCCUGCUCACAACUGAAGCAUUAUACUGAGGUUUAUGAAUCUUGUGAAACUAGAUCAUCUUCAGAUGCCUGUAGUAAUUAUUUUCAAGGUCUUAUAUUGUCAUUGCGGAGUUUAAGUGCUUCUUUAAGGAUUAUAUGUGAAUCACUCAGCAAAGAUCUUACCCUGAAACCCCUAAUGAUUAUUGAUUUAGUUGAAUAUUAUGUAUAUUUUGCAUAUCUUUGGCUCCAUAGAAAUUCAAGAGGUCUCUUGCUGUUGAUGCAACCAAUCUUCGUUACAUAUACCAAUGGGCAUACGCCUUAUGAAUUUGAUAUUGAGAAUCUGAAGCAAGUGCUCCCUGAGAUUGCAAAGCUGGUUUCUCAAAAUUUGUUGUUUGAUGAUGUAGGACAAAGUCCUCAGGUUUUUAAAGGGCUGUUAGAAAAUCAUAGCAAAGAUGUAACACAUUCAAUUCCAGCAGAUGAACGAUGGCAUGUUAUAGGGGCCUGUUUGUGGCAACAUAUGUCCAGAUUCAUGAAUCAUAAAUCAAAUAUGAUGUCCUAUAAACUUGAAGAUAGCUUUUCUACUGGUUUAUCCCAUGGAAAACUUUCUCCGUGGGCAUCUAGUUCCCGACAUUUGGAAUCUGAUAACAGUUUAGAAAAACAGAUUGGGUUGGUAACAUUGGACUUGGUCAAGUUAUUGAAAACCACACUUGCACAUAUUUCCUCUUAUUAUGUGAAACAGCUAGCGUCAUAUCUGUGGCAGAAAAUGGACAACGGGUGGCAUGUAAUAACUCUUGACUGGCUAGAGGAAUUUAGUGAAUCUCAAACCAAAGCCUUGUAUCAGCAUCUGAAUUAAGAAAUUAUCAGUUUGGACAUGAUGAAUGGAAAAGAUGAAUAUGAUACACUUUGGGAUAUUUGUGCUGAUCCUAAAAUGAUAUCUGAAAGCUUUGCCCAGGAAAAAAUAAGUUGGUUGCAUUGCUUCGAUUAUAAGCCUUCUAAGGGAUGGAAUGACAUAUGUAAAGUCAUCAGAGAGGUAGAUAGAGCUGAGGAAACUCAUAAUCAUGAAGGUACACCGAGCACGAGUUCAGCCACUAGCCAAGGUGGGUCACCUUCUACUUCUAGACGCCUGUUCCGCAAUGGCCAGACUUUUUUGAGUUCGUGGCAGAAAGAUACAACAGUUACAAAAGAAAUUACAAGCUUCAAAAGCCCUCAAGAAAUAUUUAAGAGGAAUGGGGAGCUUUUGGAGGCAUUGUGUAUCAACUCAAUUUAUCAACAACAGGCUGCAAUUGCCAGUAACAAAAAGGGCAUAAUGUUUUUUAAUUGGGAAGAUAGGAUGCCUUUCAGAGAUCAAUCACAAUAUAUCUGGUCAGAGGCUGACUGGCCACUGAAUGGGUGGGCUGGUUCUGAAUCUACCCCAGCUCCUACAUAUGUUUCUCCUGGAGUGGGUCUUGGGAGCAAGAAAGGGGCACACCUUGGUCUGGGCGGUGCAACUGUGGGCAUGGGCACUUUGGCAAGCUCUGGGAGAGACUUGACUGGUGGUGGAGCAUUUGGGGUUCCAAGUCAUAUCGGUGCGUCUAGUUUUGGUUGGGAGGCUCAAGAGGACUUUGAGGAGUUUGUUGAUCCACCAGCUACUGUGGAGAAUAUAAAUACAAGGGCUUUCUCCAGUCACCCCUCUAGGCCUUUCUUCUUGGUUGGCUCAAGCAAUACACACAUUUAUUUAUGGGAGUUUGGUAUGGACAAAGCUACUGCAACUUAUGGAGUGCUUCCUGCUGCAAAUGUCCCUCCACCAUAUGUACUUGCUUCUGUAUCAGCAUUGCAAUUUGACCACUGUGGACACAGAUUUGCAAAUGCUGCCUUAGAUGGUACUGUGUGCAUAUGGCAACUGGAAGUAGGAGGAAGAAGCAAUAUUCGGCCCACAGAAUCAUCACUUUGCUUUGACGGCCAUGCAUCGGAUGUGAGUUACGUCACUUCAUCUGGAUCAAUCAUUGCUGUGGCUGGACACAACUCCAAUGGUGUUAAUGUUGUUAUUUGGGAUACAUUGGCUCCACCAACAACAUCACAAGCUUCUAUUAUAUGUCAUGAAGGUGGUGCACGCUCUCUUUCCGUCUUUGAUAAUGACAUAGGAAGUGGUUCUAUUUCCCCCCUUAUUGUGACUGGUGGUACAGGUGGUGAUGUAGGACUUCAUGACUUUCGUUACAUUGCUACUGGAAAGACUAAAAGGCACAGGCACUCUGAUAAUGGUGAACAAACCUUGAAUAAAUCAUCAAAUAUUGACAUGCGGACAGGGAAUACCAAAUUUGGUGAACGAAAUCCAAAUGGGAUGCUUUGGUAUAUACCAAAGGCUCACUCAGGGAGUGUCACCAAGAUAUGUACAAUCCCAAAUACAAGUUUGUUCUUAACGGGAAGCAAAGAUGGAGACGUUAAACUUUGGGAUGCCAAAAGAGCUAAGAUGGUAUGUCAUUGGCCAAAAUUGCAUGAAAGACACACAUUUCUGCAACCUAGCUCUCGAGGUUUCGGUGGGGUAGUUCAGGCUGCUGUUACAGAUAUACAAGUUGUUUCACAUGGUUUUCUUACAUGCGGUGGAGAUGGCACUGUAAAGCUGAUUCAGCUAAAGGACCAUUAUCAUGGAACAUAAGCAAGUUGUUUAGGCGUUCAGCCCCAUGAUUUCAUAUAUAACAAGAAGACCAGCAUGAGCUGGGAUCGAGGCCUUGUUUACUAUGUAUAGUUAUCAGCACUGUUCUGAGACCAAUGAGCGAAAGCUAAAGGAGCAUGGAAGAGUUUCAAAUUUUUGCGAUACCGUUUAUACGUUUACUUUCAUUGUUAUGUGUACAGUGCAACAGUUGAUUUGUCUUUUUGUUGAGCUAGGAUUAGGAUAUAAACCCGUCUACGGGGUAUAAUUAUAGUUAGAAGUUUUGCAUAUAUAGUUGUAUUCUGUACUAGCUCAGUAUUACCAAUAAUUUUACGAUUUGCCUUUCGGCUCAAAUGGUUUAUCUACCUCUUUAAUUUCCGUAGUUUGAUUAUUA